AUGACAGACGAAACCACCGAUUACCUCUUAGCCGUCGCCAAAGAUAGUCAUGAAAAAUUGAAUAACCCCUCUAUACAUUCAAUUCCCAAAUUUCUUGCAAAUCUAGGAAGCGGAUUCAUGCCAUACGAUGAUAAGCUAGUUAUACCUUCGAUGAUAGUCACAACACUUGAAAAUCCCGAGUAUGCAGAGGAAGAGGAUAAAUGUGAUUUGAGCGAUGAGAAUGAGGUUGAAAGAGAGAAACCAGGGUCGAAAAAACUAUGGAUCGCUAUUGGCAUAUCCCUGAUUUUCUUCUUUACCGAACUUGUCGGUGGGCUGUUCUCUGGAAGUUUGGCGUUAUUGAGUGAUUCAUUUCAUUUAUUGAGCG